CUGGCCAGGUGAGAGCCGCUGGCAGGUGGGCCCGCACCCCGAGGCCGGCCCGGUGGGAGGCCUCCCCGACGUGGACGUGGUGGUGUCCGAGGGGACGGCGCUCAGCAUGGUGCUGCGGAGGAUGCAUCGGCCUCGAAGCUGUUCCUACCAGCUGCUGCUUGAGCCCCAGCGUCCCAGUCGCAUCCAAGGGCUUCGCUGGACUCCCCUUACUGACAGCGAGGAGUCCCUGGAUUUCAGCGGAAGCCUGCAGCAGGUGUGCCCGGAGCGGGUGCUCAGAGCCGGGAAGCAGCUGCAUCGGCAUCUCCUGGCCACCUGCCCCAACCUCAUCCGCGACAGGAAGCACCACCUGAGGCUGUACCGGCAGUGCUGCUCCGGCCGGGAGCUGGUGGAGGGGCUCUUGGCCCUUGGGUUUGGGGUCCACUCCCGGAGCCAAGCUGUGGGAAUCUGCCAGGUGCUGUUGGAUGAGGGUGCCCUCUGCCACGUGAAACACGACUGGACCUUCCAGGACCGAGACACCCAGUUCUACCGCUUCCGGGGGCCCGAGCCGGAGCUCGUGGGGCCUCGGGAGCUGGAGGAGGAGCUGGUGGAGGCGGUGGCUCUGCUCUCCCAGCGGGGGCCCGACGCCCUGCUCACCGUGGCGCUCCGGAAGCCCCCAGGGCAGCGCACGGACGAGGAGCUGGACCUGAUCUUCGAGGAGCUGCUACACAUCAAGGCUGUGGCCCACCUCUCCAACUCGGUAAAGCGGGAAUUAGCUGCAGUUCUGCUCUUUGAACCACACAGCAAGGCAGGGACCGUGUUGUUCAGCCAGGGCGACAAGGGCACCUCGUGGUACAUCAUCUGGAAGGGAUCUGUCAAUGUGGUCACCCACGGCAAGGGGCUGGUGACCACGCUGCACGAGGGGGAGGACUUCGGACAGCUGGCACUGGUGAACGACGCGCCCCGGGCAGCCACCAUCAUCCUGCGGGAAGACAACUGUCACUUUCUGCGCGUGGACAAGCAGGACUUCGACCGCAUCAUCAAGGACGUGGAAGCCAAGACCAUGAGGCUGGAGGAGCACGGCAAGGUGGUGCUGGUGCUGGAGAAGGCGUCUCAGGGCCCCGCGUCUUCUUGCCCCCCAACUCCAGGCAGGACCCGGUACACGGUGAUGUCCGGCACCCCGGAGAAGAUCCUGGAACUGCUGUUGGAGGCCAUGAGGCCCGAUUCCAACGCUCAUGACCCAACAGAGACGUUCCUCAGCGACUUCCUCCUGACCCACAGCGUCUUCAUGCCCAGCGCCCAGCUCUGCCCUGCCCUCCUGCACCAUUUCCACGCGGAGCCGGCGGGCGGCAGCGAGCAGGAGCGCGGCGCCUACAUCUGCAACAAGAGGCAGCAGAUCCUGCGGCUGGUCAGCCGCUGGGCAGCGCUGUACGGCCCCAUGCUGCACGCGGACGCCGUGGCCAGCGGCUUCCUGCAGAAACUCUCGGAGCUGGUGAGCAGGGACGCCCGGCUCAGCCACCUGCUGCAGGAGCCGCUGUGGCCGGACCGGCGCCGCCACCACAGGUUGGAGAAUGGUUGUGGGAACGCAUCUCCUCAAGUGAAGGCCCGGAACAUGCCCGUUUGGCUUCCCAGCCAGGACGAGCGGGUCCCCAGCAGUAACUGUGCCAUCCGAGUUGGGGACAAAGUCUCUUAUGACAUCUGCCGGCGGGACCACUCGGUGCUGAGCCUGCAGCUGCCGGUAACGGCCUCUGUGAGGGAGGUGAUGGCUGCCCUGGCCCAGCGGGACGGCUGGACCAAGGGGCAGGUGCUGGUGAAGGUCAACUCGGCAGGGGAUGCCAUUGGCCUGCAGUUGGACGCCCGCGGUGUGGCCACCUCCCUGGGUCUCAACGAGCGGCUCUUCGUUGUCGAUCCCCAGGACAUGCAUGAACUGACCCCACACCCCGAGCAGCUGGGGCCCACCGUGGGCUCGGCCGAAGGGCUGGACCUGGUGAGCGCCAAGGACCUGGCGGGUCAGCUGACAGAACACGACUGGAGCCUCUUCAACAGCAUCCACCAGGUGGAGCUGAUCCACUAUGUGCUGGGCCCCCAGCACCUGCGGGACGUCACCACGGCCAACCUGGAGCGCUUCCUGCGCCGCUUCAACGAGCUGCAGUACUGGGUGGCCACGGAACUGUGUCUCUGCCCGGUGCCCGGCCCCAGGGCCCAGCUGCUCAGGAAGUUCAUCAAACUGGCGGCGCAUCUCAAGGAGCAGAAAAAUCUCAACUCCUUCUUUGCUGUCAUGUUCGGUCUCAGCAACUCUGCCAUCAGCCGCCUGGCCCACACCUGGGAGCGGCUGCCCCACAAAGUCCGGAAGCUCUACUCGGCCCUUGAGAGGCUGCUGGACCCUUCGUGGAACCACCGGGUGUAUCGGCUGGCGCUCACCAAGCUCUCGCCCCCCAUCAUCCCCUUCAUGCCCCUCCUUCUCAAAGACAUGACCUUCAUCCACGAGGGGAACCACACCCUGGUGGAGAAUCUCAUCAACUUUGAGAAGAUGAGAAUGAUGGCCAGGGCCGUGCGGAUGCUGCACCACUGUCGGAGCCACGGCAACGCGCCCCUCUCGCCGCUCAGAAGCCGCGUCUCCCACCUGCACGAGGACAACCAGGCGGCGAGGAUCUCCACAUGCUCGGAGCAAUCCCUGGGCACCAGGAGUCCGGCCAGCACCUGGGCGUAUGUCCAGCAGCUGAAGGUCAUCGACAACCAGCGGGAACUGUCCCGCCUCUCCCGGGAGCUGGAACCUUGAGGAAGCAGGCCCUUCCCGCCGGGAAAACCAGGGUGCGCCCGGGCCCAGGGCCCAGGCCGGCCGCAGCUGGGCAGGGCUCCGCAGCGUGGACGCAGGCCCUGGGGCGGGCCGAGCGGAGGCAGGGGUCCCCGUGACGACUGGCAGAGAAGGAAGACCUCGGAGUGGAC